AUGAUAAAUCAAAAGUUCCUUUAAUAGAAUUUGAUUUAGCUACCACUUCAUCAAAUGGAAAUUGUAAUCUAAUUUAAAUUAGGAUCUGGUGCUUAAGGUAGUGUAUUUUAAGGAUUUAUCAGAAGUAAUAAUUAAAAAGUGGCAAUAAAAAUAAUGAUGGAAAUAAAUUCAAGAGAAGAGAAAAUAUUAUAACAUUUAAAGAUUCAUAAACAAAAAUAUUUAAUAGGAAUUUAUGCUGUUGAAAAAUUAAAUAAUUAAGUUGUUAUUGUGAUGGAGUUGGCAGAAAUGGAUUUUUUUAAAUUUAUGAAUACAAAUCAAUUUAAAACCUAUGAUGUUGAUGAAAGAAGCGAAUUAUUUUUAUAAGUAAAUAAAUCAAUCUAUAUUGUAGAUGGCUUAAGGAGUUUAUUAAUUUCAUUAAAUAGGCUACUUUCAUAGAGAUUUAAAACCAGAAAACUUUGUUUGCUGUCGUGAUAGUAACCAUAAGUUAAUAAUCAAAUUAAUUGAUUUUGGUUGCUCUAAAGAUCAAUCAGAUAUAGGUAGAUAAACAUUAUAAGUUGGAACUCCAUACUAUAUGGCAUAAGAUGUUAUUAAUACUACAAUCUAUACAAAACAAAUUGAUAUUUGGGCUAUGGGAACUAUCUGGUAUGAAAUGCUCACACUCUAAACAUUUUUUCAAGGUAAUAAAUGAUUUAUUCAAGGUAUUUCUAUACAUAACAUUAUUCACUAGAUAUCUACAAUUAAUUAAGAAUUAAUUGAUGAAAAAAUCAAUAAACUAGAUAAAUGUUAUGUAGAAUUUAGAGAAAUUAUGAAAGAAAUGAUUUGCAUUGAUAUCUAGAAAAGAAUUUAGUUGGAAAAUGCUAUUGAAAAAAUAAUGUAAGCUCUUGAAAAAAUAAAAUAUUAAAAGAUGGAAGCAAAAAUAAAAAUAAAACUUGAAUAAGAAUUUUAAGAGAAAGAAAGAUAAAUAACUUAUAAUAAUUAAAUGAAAUAUGAAUAACUUUAGAGAUAAAUGAAAGUAAAUUAAGAUAAUGAAAUUGCACAACAGAAGUUGUUGCUCAAGUAAUAAUAUGAAUAACAAAUUAUUAAUAAGGAAAAGGAAAUCAGGAAGAUGAUUGAAAUUUUUAAUAAAAAUCAAUAGAAUAAUGAAAUUCAAAAAUUGAAAUCAGAGUUAAAUGAUUUAUAAUAAUAAUAUUAAUAAAAAUUGAAAUAAGAAAUUUAAUUACAAGAAAAUAAAUCAAAAGAGUAUUUACUUUAAGCAAAAUAAAAGGAGAAUGAAGAAAAUAAAUAACAAUUAAUUGAAUUAUAGAAAUAAUACUAAUAAGAAUUAAAUAAGAAAUAUUAAGAGUAUUAAAUAAAAAUUGAAAAUUAAUAUAAAAAAGAUGAAUUUAAUAUUAGAAAAUAAUAGUUAAAUUGUAUUAUUAAUUUAUUACAAGAUGUUAUUAAUAAUCAUUUGAUAUCUGUUAAUAAAUAAAAACAAGAAAUGAAUGAACUUGUAUUAAAUGAUAAAGAAAAAGAAUAAAUAUUGAAUUAAAUAUAGAAUUUUAUUAGCUAAAAGUAAAAUUAAUUAAUUUAAAUAAAGGAGAAUUUGGAUAAUUUUGAUAAUUAGGAUCAAAAUAAAUAAUUUAAUUUUAUAUUAGAACUAGAAACUUAAUAUAAAAAUUAAUUCUUAUUACACGAUUAGGAAUAUUAAAUGAUUUAAUAAUAAAUUUAAUCUGUUAUGAUUUCUUAAUUCAAAGAAUAAUAAAAAUAGGUUUUAUUAGAAAUAUAGUAAUAAGAAGGAAAAUAAAUACAAGAUGAUUUGAGUCAUUAAAUCUUAACAUAUGAUUAGCUAAAUAAGAAUUUCAAUUAAUAAUUAAGUUAAAUGGAAUAAAUUCAAAUAAUAUGUGAAAAUUUUUCCAUAUAUAAUCAAAAUAUAAAUGAUCAAUUUAAAUUAUUAAAAAAUCAUUCAGAUAUAAUUGCCUAUUCUUUUAAUAACCUUAAAAUAUUUUAUUAAUAAUAAGAAAAUACAGUAUCUAGAGAUUUAAUUAACUACUUAUAAAUUUAAUAAUUAGAGAUCAUUAAUUUAUUAGAAAAAUUGGAAGUAGAUAUUAAAUUAAUGAAAAAUUAUCUUGAAAAUUAAGAAGUGGAAUUAAAAUAAGAAAUGCAAAAUUACCUUUAGGGAAUGGAAGAAAAAGUAAAUGAAAUAGAAUUUAUGAUUGUAAAUUAAAAAAAAGAAGAUAAUGAAUAACAAGAUAACAUCUUAAAUUUAUUAUAAGAGAGAUUACAGAAUAUUAAAUAAUAAUAUAAUUAAUUAAAUACAUUAAUUGAAAGUGAAAUAUCUUAAUCAAUAAAAUAGUACAUGUAAAUUAAGUAGAAAUAUUUAUAAGAAGAGUAUCAUAUUAAAGUUUUAUCAGAUAAAUUAUACGAAUAACAAUAAAAAUAAAUCAAAAUCAACAUAAUGACAAAAAAAUAUUCUGAAUUCAUUAUUCAUAUACAAUAGAUAUCAAAUCAAUUUUAAGAAUCAAUAUAAGAUCUGAAAAAUGAAUUAAGCACAAUUUAAUAAAAUUUUAGUUAAUCAGAAAAUUGCUCAAUAAAAAAUCUUUUAGAAGUAAAAUAAAUUGAAGUAAAUAAAUAUUAAGAAAUAGCUAAAAAAAGAUUUGAUGAAAUAUAAUCAAAGGCUAAAUAAGAUUUAUUAUAAUGUUAGAUGCUUGAAUCUCUAAAAGAAGAAUCUAAUGCUAUAUAAAUUGAAUUAGGAUAUUAAAAACGUUCAUUAAGAAAUCAAAUUAUAGAUUUAAAGAAUUAAUCUUAUUAGAUAUUAAAAUAAUUCCAAUCUGAUACGGAUUAAUAAAUUUAAAAAAUGAAAGAUGAAUUAUAAAUGUUAACCUAAGAUUUUAGUCAAUAAUAAAUUGAAUUUAUUAACUUUGAUGUUAAAAAUUACAAUUAUUAACAUAUAAUAGAAAACCAUAAAAAAAAAGAAGAAGAGUUCCAAAAAUUAUUUAAUGAAAUGAAAAGUUCUUAAGAAAUAUAUAAAAAAAAUAUCUUGAUAAUUUAAGAAAAAUAUACACUAUAAAAUAAAAAAUAAUAACGAUAGAAUGAUUUUGAAUCACUUUUUAAGAAAUUUGAAAAAAAAAUGAAUGAAAAAUUUUAACAAUAAUCAGAAAAUAUUCGUGAUAUUGAAUAAUCUUAUUAAAAAGUGAAUUUUUCUGAUUUAGAAAAUUAAAAUCAAAUAUAACAAGAUUGGAUAGAUAAAUAAUCAGAUAUAGUUGAAUUAAAUAAAAAGUUAAUUGGAUUUUAAGGGUAAAUUUAAGGGAUGCAAAAAUCUAAUUAUUUAGAAAUAAAUACAUUACAAUCAGAAUUCAAAGAUUUGUAGGAUUAAGUUAAAGACUUCAGUUCCAAAAUUCCUUCAUAAGAUUAAAUUAAAUCAUUUCAAAAAAGUUUUAAUGAGAAUGAUUAAUCAUUCCUGAUCCUUUUUUCACUUAUCAUUAUGAUCAAAGCUUAUAAACUUAAAAUAUAUGCUAUAAGACUCUCAGAAUUUGAAUAAAAUUAAAUAUAAAAAUAAAGCCAAUAGAAUAAAGAGCCUAAUAGAAUAAAUAAUGAUUAAAUUGAGUAAUCUCAAAAUGAUAUUAAUAAAAAAAAUGUUAAAAAAACACAAAAUAAGUUAAGAUUAAAUUUAACAAGUAAGAUAUAAGCUAAUGAAAUAAUGUAGAAAUAUAAAUCAUUCCUUUAAUGUAAAUAAAUUAUGAUUUUAACAGAGGAACUGAUAAAUGAUGAAUAGUAACUAGAGAAAUAAAUAUUAGAAAUAUAAAACUAUAUUAAUACAGUAAAUUAUGUUAAAUUAAAUUCAGCCUUAAAGGAUAGUUAAUUAGUUAAAGAAAUAAAAGAAAAAUAUUUUUAAAAUUUAGAAUUUUAUUACUUAGAUGUUUUUGAUUAAAUUAGACCAAAAAAAAAGAAUUGA